AUGUGUGUCGGGAACCAGUCAUCACCAACGGAUGCAAUCACUCCUACUGUGCCCCGUGCAUCUACCACAGCAUCGAGAUCGAGCCCUUUUGUCCCCUCUGCCGAUCACGCAUCAAGAUCGAAGGUGCAUCUGCAUCCGAACUUGGCGCUGUCUGGAUUGAUCUCUGAACUGCUCGUGUACUGCUCCAACAAGAAGUAUGGUUGCCCACAGAUUGUUCGCCAAGAUGCGCUCCAUGGACAUGUCCUCUAUUGCUCGUAUGCGCCCUCUAUCUGUCCCAACAAGGUCCUCGGCUGUCCUUACAAAGGGACGAUGCGGGAUUCAAAGGAGCAUUUGCAGAACUGUGUCUACGAGCGGUUUAAGGGAUACAUCGAUUCAACCAACAAGCGCUUCGAGAAACUCGAAUCCUUGAUUGCCGACCAGUCGAGAGAGGUAGAAAAGCUGCAGAGGAUUAUUCGAUCAGGAAAAGGCGUGACAUAUACAUUGGAAAGGGGUGCCUCAGAGCAAUCAGUUGCUUCAUUGGCAGGAUCAGGAGCAGAAGAAGGAGCCAACGUACCCGUGAACGGUGAAUCUUCAUCCGGGACUAAACGCACAGUCGUUUCGACGUUCCCGCACGACGAGAUUACAUGCCACCGGACGAUCGCGAGUCAUCCCUGCGGAGUGACCAGUGUGGCUGUCAAUCAGGAUAAAGUCUUUGCGGGAGCCCAUGAUGGAAGUACCAAAGUGUUUGAUAUCAACUCGGGGCAGCUGUUGAAGGAUCUAAAGGGGCAUACCAUGUCGGUCUGGGGACUCGCAGUAAUGCCCUCGGGGGAUCGCUAUUUCAGUGCGGGAUCUGAUGGAACGAUCAAGGUCUGGGAUUGGCGUAAUGAGGAUGAUGCGGCGUGUUUGGUAAAAUCGAUACCGGACCAUAAUGCCAAAGUCUAUGGGCUUGUUGUGGAUCAGGGAAGACUUUAUUCGGCGUCGUCGGACAAGACGGUUAAGGUAUGGGAUACAGAGACGCUCGAGUGUCUGGCGACGUUCCAGGGCCAUACGGGCGGUGUCAAUUGUUUGGCGGCGCUGACUGAGGCCAGUGCCCAUCAAUUGGUAACGGGAUCCUCGGACAAGACGAUCAAGUUGUGGGACGUGUCGACAGGAACAUGUCUGAAGACAGUCCGUCGGGGUACCAGUGAAGUUCUCGACGUGGCUGUAGGAGACGGGAUGUUGUUCGGAAGUACCUAUGAUGCAGUCAUCCAUGUGUACGAUAUCAAUGAGACUCGGGAGUUGGGCACACUGAGCGGUCAUAAUUGGGAGGUUUGGCAGCUUGAGUACGGACAAGGGCAUUUGUUCAGUGCUAGUUUUGACCACACUAUCAAGCGUUGGGAUCCGCGGCGGUUCCAGUGUGAUCUUACCCUCAAGGGUCACAAGAGUUUCGUCCAUGGAAUGGCUCUGGACGAGAAUUACUUGGUCACAGGCUGUGCAGACCGUACCAUCAAGAUCUGGCGCUGA